UGUUGAUUUGCUUAAGAAUGUGAGUCGUUUUUGGUUUCUGAGGUUGUUAUUUUUCUAACUUAAGUGUUAAUUGAAAUAUGUUCGACACAAAUGUUCAAGUGAUUCAUUUUAUGUACGUGAAAUAUAAUUGUUAAUGAUUGGGUUCAUGUUGCAAAGUCAUAUCUCGCCAAUCUCGUAUCAUUCUCGGACAGAGUCGCUGCAAGAUAAUCAAGAUAGACUUCCAGAUCUUCAGCAUGCUUUUUAGCAGGGCCCAGAACUUCAGUGCGGGAAGCAGGCCAGACCCCCUGAUCCCCACCACUUCGGCAGGACGUACGGAAAAUCCUUCCGAGGGCCACAAGCUGUGCGACAAAGAGCACGAGCAGCAGAUCGACAACUCGAACACCGUCUUGGAAAAGAUAGCGAGUCUGUACGCGGAAAGACUGCUCAGUGAUAUUACUUUGGAAGUGGGUGGCAAACAAUUUGCAGCCCAUCGCCUUAUACUUUGUGCUUCCAGUGAUGUGUUCCAGGUGAUGUUGAUGAAUCCAAAUUGGAGCGAAUCUCAAGAGACCAAGAUCUGCCUCCAGGAAGAUCCAGCUUGUGUGCUAGUGUUCCCAGAUUUUCUCAAGUAUUUAUACACUGGAAAGUUGCAUAUAAACCACUUCCUGGUCUUACCUUUAGUGACUCUAGCCGACAAGUACAAUGUCAAAGACUUGGUCCAUCUGUGUGUGGAUUACAUGUGCAGGCAUGUUGUCUCUGCGACUCGACACAACCAGUUGGUUCUGUGGCUUCAGUACACAUUGAACUGUAACCAUAGGCUAGUGUAUAAAGCUUGUGCUAGUUUUAUCACUUGGAAUUUCGAACUUGUUGGUGAGAUGGAGGACUUUGGCACGCUGGAAACGGAUGUUCUCGUUAGUUUUCU